AUGCUAAUUUGCAUGUGAAAACAACUACCCGGGGACGCGAAAGCCAUGAAUUUGAUCAGUUGUAAAGAAAAUACGAUUAAGCUGUUAGUUGUUGAUCACGGAUCGUCUGAUUGAUGAAACAGGUUUAAUUGUGCAAUUGUGCACGGUAUUUUCCGAGAUUGCUGGUCUCUAUUCGAACAUGUGAAAAAAGAACAGCGCGUGUUAUGGCGCCGAAAGAAAAUACGAUUAAGCUGUUAGUUAUUGAUCACAGAUCUUCUGAUUGAUGAAACAGGUUUAAUUGUGUAAUUGUGCACGGUAUUUUCCUCCUUGCCUCCUACGUCAUGGCGGCGAGCGGGUGCAACCACGACACGCGUGAAGACAUGGCUCUCACUAUAGUGCUUAUUCUGGCGUCAAUACUGCUUCAAAUAACCCCAAUUGUACUGGAAACACAAGAUGAGGUCUUCUCGUCUCGGCAUGUCUUUUUACAGCGCUUAAAACCUCAGCCAGGUUCCCCGGAAGAAUUGUACGUGUUCGGAAUCACGUUUCGACAAAAUGGUGGAUUGCUUGGUUAUCCAAGACCGGGGAAGAAACGAUUCUUGUCUGCUAGGUUGGGUUAUUACUCAAACUCUGAGGCUAGAUUUCAGUUAUCAAGGCUCUCAACAUCUGGCGAUAUAAAUCCUAAUCCUGGCCCGAGUUUACACCAACGACAGGAUAGGAAGGCUGGAUCGAAAGAUCGUCGUGUUUGUUCUGAGUGUGAUCGAGUAGUUGCGAAGAACCAUCGUGCUACCUAUUGUGAUUCUUGUUCUUGUUGGACACACAUUAAAUGUGGAGGCGUACUACCCAAGUUAUAUGUGCAGCUACAGGCUUCAGGAAAUGUGUCUCAUACAUGCGGGUCAUGCUUGGAAAUUCUGCAACAAAUUCCCUUUGCAGAUGCCAGCCUAAAUUCUAAUAACUCGGAUUAUUCUAAAAUGCAAUCCCCAAACAGCUUCUUCAAUGAUUCUUUGAAUAAUUCAAUCGACAACAGUGUUUGCAAUUCAACAGUCGAUUCAUCCAUGGAACAGCCAAAGGAUUGGUUUAUUCAAAAUAUCAAAAGCUACUACAAGUCGAACUUGAUUAUGGCCUAUCUGAACAUCAACAGUAUAUUUAGGAAAGCUGAUGAGUUACUAGAACUGCUCGACUCAUGCCAACUAGACCUGCUCUUCAUCGCUGAGACCAAGAUCGACAGCACGGUCCCUAAUUCCCUAUUCAAGCAUCCAGAUUACCGUGUAAUACGUAAAGACAAAAAGAAAGGAGCCGGAGGCAUCCUAGUGUUUAUACGCAGCAAUGUAAAGGCAUAUCGACGGGUCAAGCUGGAACCGGACGGGGUGGAGUGUAUUUGCCUUGAUGUUAAAGGUAGCGGCAAUGCAUGGUUCCUUGCAUUUGGAGGGUACCGGUCUGAAAGUGUAUGCUCUCCCUCGGACUUCAUCUCAGCAUGCGGGAAUGUGGCAGAAAAUAUGUACGCAAAGCGGAAGGAGGUUAUGUUUGUUGGCGAUUUCAACAUGGACAUGAAUACCGAUACAAACAGCCGUGGACCGCAUCCGGCUCUUACUGGAUUUUGUGAUCAAUUCUGCCUUACUAAUACAAUCGUGCACCCAACUAGCGUCACUAGUUCCACAAAGUCUCUGCUGGAUGUUGUACUCGUUUCACACCCGGACAGAUGUGCAAAAAGUGGUAAUCUACAUCUAGGCAUAAGUGAUCGUGACCUAGUCUACGCUGUCCGCAAGCAAAAACUACCGAAACCAACAGCAAGAAUUGUUGAAUAUAGAUCGAUGAAAGCAUUAGACAAGGACGCUUUUGUCUCCGACCUCCGAGACAUCCCCUGGGACAGUGCAUAUGCAUUUGACGAUGUUGAUGAUGUUUGGUCCCACUGGGCGGCUCUGUUUUGUCAAGUGGUGGACAAACACGUCUGCGCUUCAACCAGCUGCCUUGGAUUAGUCCAACGAUCCAGAGAGAGAUCCGGUUGCGUAACCGAUUAUACAAGAAAUUCCGACGGACGCCCACGGACGACAAGUCUAACUAUUAUAGUUUAAGGACACUACUUCUUAAUCUAGGUAGAUCGUCAUCGUAUGAAAACUGUUUAGCUAUAUCCAAUAUGCGUAAACUUGAGCAUAGGCGACAAGUUCAGGCUCUUCUAUUAUUUUUUUAAAUCAUAUAGGAUGCAACAGGCUACUUAUAUUGCCAACUUCUUUGUAACCCGGUCUUCACAGUACAAUUUGCGGUCUUCUGAUCAUAAUCUUACACAGCCAUCCUAUCAAUCGUUAUAUAUGCAUAACUCUUUCUACUACCUGAUAUCACAUUUUUGAAACCAACUACCUAACUCUGCUAAAGCUGCUAAUUCCGUCUCUGAGUUCCGCAAGAACCUACCCGAAAUUAUUCCACAUGGCUGCCAAUGCAGCAACUGUAUUUAAAUUCUCCCUAUUUCCCAUAAUUAGAAUUAUUAUGUAAUGUGUAAUGUAAUCGUUGUCAGUAGUGUUGUCGAGCGUUUGUACCAUGAGCUCCCCGAGCUCGGGAGACUGGGUGACCACUCCUCACGUCAUCGACGGAAAAUAAAUUAUUGUAUUGUA